GUUCGUCCUCUUAAUGGUAUGAACAUGUACCCUAAAACUCAUGCUGAGGCAAUACUUCCACCACCACCACGAACAAAAAUGGGUAGACCACAGAUAAAAAGGAGGAGGGAAGAGGGAGAGAGGCAAGAUCCAUCAAGGUUAAGGAGGGUUUACCCUUUGAUCAAGUGUAGUAAAUGUGGACAAACAGGACAUAAUAGGAGGGGCUGCAGAGUGACUACGAGUGACCCUAAUGUGGCUAGUACCUCUACUGCCCCAGCUUCUGCCAGCAAUACAAGAAGAGGUAGAGGUGGUGGCCCAAGGAGAGGUAGAGGUGGUGGCCCAAGGAGAGGUGCUGCCCCAAGGAGGGGGGGUGUCCAAACAAGAAGAGGAACCAACAUCACAAAUGAGACUAUUGGUGCAGCAACAUCUUCUUCAAGGGUUGCUUCACUCCUUCAAACAACUCAAGAAUCGGUGUGCACUGGUGUGGGGCAGAAUUAAAAUGCAUUAGUGGUGCUUUUGUAUUUCUGGCUGGUGAUUAGCUAGUUAGUCAUAUAUAAAUAUAGUAGUAGGCAUAUAUAGUAGGCAGAAUUCAAAUGCAGUAGUGGUGCUUUUGGAGUUCUUUGUUUUUGAAUGGUUUAGGUUUGAGUUUUUGGAUGGAUAUUAGUAGGUGCACCAUAUGAUUUUGUUGAUCAUCUUUUAGCACAUGGUGACAAUAUGAUGAUGAAUGUUUAUUUUUGAUGAUUUUAGUUUGUUACAGGUGACAAAUUUUUUUUAAAA